AUGGCAAUUGACUACUCAAAGUGGGACAAAAUCGAGCUCUCUGAUGACUCUGAUGUUGAAGUUCAUCCAAACGUUGAUAAGAAAUCAUUUAUUCGCUGGAAGCAACAAGAUAUUCAUCAAAAGAGAGAUCAAAGAAAUCAUGAUAUUAAAACAUUGGAAGUUCAAAAUGCAAUGUAUGACGAAUUAAACAAAAGGGUUGAUAAACUUUUAUCAUCUGUAUCAGAUUUGGCCGAUUUUGAUCAAGUUAAAACUUAUUUACAAUCUAAUUUUGAUCCAAAUUCUAAACCAGAUGGUAUCGAAGAAGAUGGUCCAACCCAUAAUGAGAUGAUUGAAGAUUUAUUUACUCAAUUGAAAGCUGAUUUAGAAAACGCUGCUCAAGAUCCAUCAAAUGGUGAGAGCGUGAAAACUCUUGUUCUAGCUCAUAGAAAGAAAAUUGAUGAUGUUUUAGAAAGAAAUCAUUUGAAAUUGAAAGAACUUUAUAAAGAGCGUGAACUACAUAUUUCCUCAGAUGAUAUCCAUACUGGCUGGGAUCGUUCAUUUUUGAAUAAAGGUGACGACAAAAACGCCUCCAAGGACCAAUCCAAAACUGAAGAUGUCAGACCAUCCACUUCUUCUGUUUCUUCAGCGGCUUCUGCUUAUUCAAAACCUUCAGCGGCUAUUGAUAGUGAUGAAAAAUCAAAAUCCGAAGAAGCUCCAAAAUCGAAUCCAGUUGAAAAGCAAAAUCCUGAGCCAAAACUAUCACCAUCCAAUAACCAAGAAGUUGCACAGGCUUCUAAUGUUUCAAAUGCUGAAGAAGAAGAAACAAUUGAUGAUUUGCAUCCAGAUACCUUUUCUUAUUCAAAAAUUCCAAUUGAAAAAAUUGAUCAAAUUAAAAGUUUUUUGAAAUCUCAUACCCAUAUAAUAACACCAAAUCAAAAAGACUCAUUAUUAAUGAAAGCAUUUGAUGCUCAGUUUGCUCAUGACAACAAAAGAACUUAUCAAAUAAUUUUCCUCUCAACUAUAUUACAAUAUGUUCAUGAUAUUGUGGAAUUUAAACGUACAAGACACCCGCAAGAAAUAUCUUUGAUUGUUGAACAAUUAUUGAGUAAGAUGUUUAUAAAUUCCCAUAAUCAGGCUUUUGAAGCUUUUAAAGCAGAAGUUCAAAGAACUUAUGCUCAUAUUAAACAACGUUGUGAAAUUUUAACUCAAGAACAAUAUGAAGAUAUUAAUGAAGAAGAUCAAGAAAUUCAAUUGAAGAGUCUUGAUGAAAACAGUGAAUUGAUUGUUAACUUACCUGAUUCAAAUUCAAAAGAUCCAAAUGAAUUGAAAAGAUUUGAAAUCUUUCAAGAAUUACCUGAAGAUAUGCAAAAUGCUUUGAAAACAGAAAGUUUAGAUGAAGUUAAUAAAGUUUUCCGUGGUAUGCCAAUUAAGCAAGCUGAAGGUAUUUUAGAAAUUUUUGAGCAAUGUGAAGUUAUUGGUGUUCAAGCUGUUAUUGAAAAUGAAAAUGACUGGAGGGAAAUUAAACAUGAAUAUGAACAGUCUCAAUCUCAGUCUCAAUCUCAACCUCAAUCUCAAAAAUUUGAUAACACAUCAAGUGAUGAUCCAAAAAUCGAAGAAUUAGGUAUUGAAGAUCAAGACUUUGAAAAUACAGCAGAUAUAGUGGAUUGA